AUGAAUACUGCUUUGCCUUCGAUACAAUUGUCUGUUGAUUACUCACUCUUGUCGAGAGAUAUUAGUGAUUUCUUACAACAUUUCAAAGUGGAUAUACUUGAUGAUCAAAUGGAGAAUGAUGAAGAAAAUGAUGGUAUCGGUAAAGGUCCCAAAUAUAUGAAGAUCCUUCAGGAGGUCGCUAAUAGAAAAAUUGAUUCGGUCAUUGUGGAAUUAGAUGAUAUUUUGCAAUAUCAAAAUGAAAAAUUCCUAGAAGGUGGAAUUUCGAAUGAUUUGGUAUCAUGUAUACAAGAAAAUGCAACUCAUUUCAUUGAAUUAUUCUGUCGCGAAAUUGAUAAUUUGAUGCCACUGCCCACAAAGGAUAUCAGCUAUAAAGAUGAUGUCUUAGAUGUUAUAUUGACUCAAAGAAGAUUGAGAAAUGAAAGAUUGAUUUCUGACAGAACCAAUGAACUAAGAUCAGAAAACUUGAUGGAUUCAAAUACAAAUGAUUCACAACAAUCACAAGCUUUGAGAGAAUUAGCUGAAGAUGAAAGUGAAUUGUUCCCAUCUAAUUUAACAAGACGUUAUUUCUUCUAUUUCAAGACACUAUCACCACAGAGCGUUCACCGUCACAAACAUCACGGCGCCAAACAGCAUGUGGCCGUUCCUUUAUCAGUGAGGCAAAUUAAAGGUGACUUCUUAGGUCAGUUAAUUACAGUAAGAGGUAUAGUUACCAGAGUCUCUGAUGUCAAACCUUCUGUCAUGGUAAUAGCAUACACAUGUGACCAAUGUGGCUAUGAAGUAUUUCAAGAGGUCAAUUCACGUACUUUUACGCCUUUAUCAGAAUGUACAUCACGCGAAUGUUCCCAAAAUCAAACUAAAGGCCAAUUGUUUAUGAGCACAAGAGCCUCCAAAUUUAGUGCCUUCCAAGAAUGUAAAAUUCAAGAAUUGUCACAACAAGUACCUGUCGGUCAUAUCCCAAGAUCUUUAACUAUUCAUGUAAAUGGUUCAUUGGUCAGAUCAAUGGCACCAGGUGAUAUUGUUGAUGUGAGUGGUAUAUUUUUACCAUCGCCGUAUACAGGUUAUAAGGCAUUGAAAGCAGGUUUAUUAACGGAAACUUUCUUGGAAGCACAGUUUGUACGCCAACAUAAAAAGAAAUUCGGCUCUUUUAAUUUAAACAGUGAAAUGGAGGAAAGAGUGCAUGAAUUAGUGGCACAAGGAGAUAUCUAUGAUAAAUUAGCCAAAUCAAUAGCACCAGAAAUUUAUGGCAACUUGGACGUCAAGAAAGCGUUACUAUUAUUGUUAGUUGGUGGUGUUGAUAAGAGAGUAGGUGAUGGUAUGAAAAUUAGAGGCGAUAUUAAUAUCUGUUUAAUGGGUGAUCCUGGUGUUGCAAAAUCACAAUUACUCAAGGCUAUUUGUAAGAUUUCUCCUAGAAGUGUCUAUACCACGGGUAAAGGUUCUUCUGGUGUUGGUUUAACAGCAGCAGUGAUGAAGGAUCCUGUUACAGAUGAAAUGAUUCUAGAAGGGGGUGCCUUGGUCCUUGCUGAUAAUGGUAUCUGUUGUAUCGAUGAAUUUGAUAAGAUGGACGAAAGUGAUAGAACUGCAAUUCAUGAAGUUAUGGAACAACAAACCAUUUCUAUCUCUAAAGCUGGUAUUAAUACAACAUUGAACGCACGUACGUCCAUUCUUGCGGCUGCAAAUCCAUUGUAUGGUAGAUAUAAUCCAAGACUAUCUCCUUUGGACAAUAUCAACUUGCCUGCAGCCUUAUUGUCAAGAUUUGAUGUUAUGUUUUUAUUAUUAGAUACACCAAACAAAGAAAACGAUGAAAAAUUAGCUGCACAUGUAUCAUAUGUUCAUAUGCAUAACAAACAACCAGAUUUAGAUUUUGAACCCAUUCCACCAUCAAGAAUGAGAGAAUACAUUGCCCUUGCAAAAUCAAAGAGACCUGUUAUGAACGAAGAAGUUAAUGACUAUGUUGUUCAAGCCUAUAUUAGGCUAAGACAAGAUUCGAAAAGAGAGAUGGAUUCCAAAUUUUCAUUUGGUCAGGCUACACCAAGAACAUUGUUAGGUAUAGUUAGACUAUCACAGGCUCUAGCAAAAUUAAGAUUGGCUGACAGUGUUGAUGUUGAGGACGUAGAAGAAGCCCUGAGGUUGGUAAGAGUCUCAAAGGAAUCUUUAUACCAAGAUAACCGUAAAUCUAAAGAAGAUGAGAACCCAACCACACAAGUAUAUACAAUCAUCAAAAAGAUGUCUCAAGAAUUUGGCAAAUCCCUACCAUACGAGAAUAUCGUCAAGACGGUAAGAUUAAGAGGGUUUACCAUGCUGCAGUUGAGCAACUGUAUCAAGGAAUAUUCAUAUUUGAAUGUCUGGCAUUUAAUCAACGAAGGUAAUAUUCUUAAAUUCGUCGACGAUGGUAAUGAAGAUGAAGAUUUGAAUUCUGAUUCAGAGUCAAUGGCACACUCGCCAUUAAAUGAUCCACCGUUACUGGCACCUCAAAGCCAAGGAACCCCAGAAAACUCUGAAAUUGUUCAAUCUGAUGAAGAGAUGCAAGAUUGA